GAGGAGAGGGAGGAGAUAGCGUGGAGAGAGGGAGAGGGAGGCAGGGAGGAGAUCUGGAGUUGUAGGCGGCGCCUUCGCCUCUUAUUCCUUUCCCGCCAUGGACGCCCCUGCAGAGAGCAGCGCGGGAAACUGCGUCGUGAUUAGGGAUACUGACCCUGGCUACGACCUCUGCAAGUUUUGCAUCCCCACUCACUACAUGGAUGACCUGGACCGGGUGUUCAUCCCACACGGACUCAUCAUGGACAGGACGGAGCGGUUGGCGCGGGACAUCCUCAAGGACAUGGGCGGGCACCACAUUGUGGCGCUGUGCGUCCUCAAGGGCGGCUACAAGUUCUUCGCCGAUCUCCUCGACUUCAUCAAGGCGCUCAACCGCAACACGGAGCAGUCCAUCCCGCUCACCGUCGACUUCAUCCGACUCAAGAGCUACUGCAACGAUCAGUCGACGGGACAGAUCCGGGUGAUUGGCGGCGAUGACUUCGGCACAUUAACUGGAAAGAAUGUGCUCAUCGUUGAGGACAUCAUUGACACAGGCAGGACCAUGCAGACGUUGUUGAGCAUGCUGAAGGACUACAAGCCCAACAUGGUGAAGGUGGCCAGUUUGCUGGUAAAGCGGACGCCGCGCAGCGUGGGAUACCGCCCGGAUUAUAUCGGCUUCGAAAUCCCGGACGAGUUUGUUGUGGGAUACGCGCUGGACUACAACGAGUACUUCCGGGACCUCAAUCACAUCUGCGUGAUCAACAACCACGGCAAGGAGAAGUACAAGAACAACUGUGCCUGAGCACCGUGUGCCAGCCGCCACAGCAGCAGCAGCAGCACCCCGCACGCCCGCCCGCACGCCCGCCCGCACACCCGCACACCCGCCCGCCCGCACGCACGCCCACCCCUGCACUGCCGCGACCCGCGUUGGUUUUCGGAGUUGACUCCGCUUAAGGCGCCACUCUCCCGCCGCGCGUCCCGGGUUGCGCGCCGUUCCGCGUUCGGUUCCCGAUAAUUAGCUGCCGAGCGACGGCACGUGUGGCAGAACCGAGUUGGUUUUUUUUCUUGUUUUCCUGUGGAAGCGGCCAGAGGGCGAAACGUCGGACCUCGUGCCGAAAAUGAAAUUCGGCAUGACCGGAGGACACGGCGGUGGCGGAUAGCUGUGCCCGCCCCCCCCACCCCCCCCACCUCCCUCACCUCCCUCCCAACCUCGUUUAGAUGUCAAGCGGAGACGCUGGAUUUGGACGUUGGAGGGAGUUGUGUCACGCGGGCAGCCGGGCGGCUUUUACCGAGGCGCUGCUGCCCUUCACAUAAACCUCAUGGAUAUCAUUAUUAUUAUUAUUAAGUUAUAAUUUGUCAUAAAGUAAUUCGAAUGUAUGUGUACCCCUCAUUGUCAAACUACUACUGAUGAAGGAGUUCCCCACCCUGCUCCCCCCACCACCACUACAGUGUCACUGGCGGUGGGGGGAGAGGGAAGUAUGUUUGACCAUACUUCACCAAGCUGGUCACUGGGUUUCUUAAGUUUGUGCUGAUUAUUAUAAUAUUGUUAUCACUUUAUAAUCAUGGUUGAAUGGUUGGCGUGAAGCUCUCUCGCCAGGCACUUUCGUGGUUUCCCAAUUCAGGUUGACUCUCAGGUUCUCGCCAUCCACGCGUUGAAUCGCUUGUGGGGGGGUGCGGGUAAAAAAAAAAAACCCCCACAGAUAAUUAGCGGCAUUUCUUCGAGCAAAUUAUCCCGUUGGCUAAUUUCGACCGUAGCGACGCUGCGCUUUAUUGUCGGUUUGUUUGCUCGUGUAAUGCGUUGAAGUCUGCGUGUGUGUGUGUGUGCUAGAGCCAGUGCUCCUCAACGUGUACGCGUUGUAGGUAAUCGCGGUUUCUCGUCACCCCCUGUAACCACUAGAAGGCAACGGCAUUCGCCAGUAGCUUUUUUUUCUAUUCGAACGAAAAAAAAAUCGAUUUUAGAACCCAAAUGCGACGCGCUGAUAUUCAUCGAAAUCUUUCCCAUGGGGGGUGGGGGAGGGGCUGAAUGUAUACAGAGCCCGCCACGGAGCUAAACGAAUAAAACGAUGGCAGUUUGAUGGUAAGACAAAAAAAAUGCUGAGAAAAAUAACCAAUCAUUUUCUCAAUUUGUGACCCAUGAAUCCAGACAAUUCCAUGGGGGGGGGGGGGGGGGAGUGGGUGGUGGUGGGGCCAAAUCAAUCAUCACGUGCCUGGUUAUUACUAUGGCAGUGGAGUGUCUCGGUAGCAAUGUUUGAGAGUUAACCCCCCCCCCCCCCCUGUCCAGUGUGUUCUGCACGAGCGGCCAAUCCGGGCCGAGCCCAGCCCGUCGCGAGCCCCCCCAUGUCUUCAUUCAUCCCCCCACCCACCACCACCGUCCGUCCUCAAUGCAUUUCAAUUAUAACAGUCGUCACGAUGCAACUCGCAAAGCCCUUUUAGUUUGCCUUCACUGGUGCAUGCGAAUCGUCGUGAGUCGUGGUCGAUCCACUGCCAGGUGAAGGCCGCCCCAAGUCUACGCACGCUCUAUAUCUCGCGGUCCAGCUGCGCAACAAAUCUUUCGUCUCGCUCUCACGAGCCGGCUCCGUUGCCAAUCUCCCAAUUCAUAGGCACUCGCGCGUGCGCACGAGUGUGUUACGUUUAUCGUUGAAUCUUUACGUUUCCUAUGAGGACCGGGCCGUCCACAGCCGUUGCACCAAGUUCACGGGAGCCAACGCAGCCGCUCACGGAUUCUGUGUGCACCGCUAGG